UCAGAAUCCUAACAUCCUCAUACCCGGCUUGUUGGUUGCCACGGUAACGUGGGUCUCCCGUUAUGGUCUCUCACAACUGGUUACUAUCAACAUAUCCGUGGAAGCUGGAGUUACAGCAAAGAAGUUCGCAAACUCCAUAGGAAAAUAGCGCGUUGUGGUUUAAUACUAGUAAAAUGAAUGCAUGUCAUCAUUUGGGAGUUUCAGGAAGACAAGCCUCUUGAAAAGGAAACAGUUCUUCUGCCAAAUCAUGGGCGCUGGCGCGUCAAUAUCACUCUGUAGUGACCCUUCCUCGGUGAGAAUCCUCAGGCCCGGUGCUAAAGUUAGUCCCUUUGUGGUGUCGGUCCCUGAAGCUCCACCCAGCUCUGUGUUUGGCGUCACCUUGGAAACUCUCCGAGAGAACGAACAGAUGAUCCGUGGAAUACCUCUUGUGUUAAGAGACAUGGUGGAGUAUCUGGACAGCAAUGGGCUGCAGCAACAAGGCCUCUUUCGUUUGAGUGGGUCAGUGCUGCGGACGAGGCAGUUGAGACUGAGAUGGGAUCAAGGAGAAAGAGUUGACCUGGACCACGAAGCUGAUGUCACCACUGUAGCUUCCCUGCUCAAACUCUUUCUCCGGGAACUGCCUGUCCCGAUAGUGCCUGAUCCACACAGAAAAGAGCUGGUUCUAAGCCUAACAGGACAUACUGACGAGUCAGGACUAAACCAGAGGUUGAAAGAAAAUCUUUCUUUACUCCCUGACACUAAUAUUUUGUCCUACCUCAUCCACUUUCUGUCCAGAGUGGCUGCUCAUAGCCAGUCGAACCACAUGCCGUUGGAAAAUCUAGCCCCCAUUUUUGGGCCAUGCAUAUUCCAUGUUCCAGCAGGACCCAGGAUGCUGGAAGAGCAGAGUGUGUGCAACUCCCUGUUGCUCCACCUUCUUAAGCACCAAGCGGUUCUCUUUCCAGCUGAAGCCGAGGCCUCCGUUACAUCCUCCUCUCCUCCUCCUCCAACUCUCUCUGCUCUUUCUCCCUUUGAGAUCCAAGCUAACAGCUGUCAGUCAGAGCAUAGCAGAGAGGGGAAGUGUGAGAAGGAGAUUCCCUCAGACUUUGAGAGCGGAGCUAAACGAACAGCAUGGAUGCAAACUCAGCUCAGCAGCUCUGACAAACUGCCACAGGGCCGUGAAACCAGUUCUGACGUCAGCGCUGACAUUCAGCCGUUGAUUUCAAAUCAGGAUGCCAUUGAGGCAGCUGGUGUGCUCUCUUGCCCCACUGUCUCCAUGACAGAGCAUCAACAACAAACUGGAGAGUCAGAAGUAACAGAAUGUGUGAUGACUUUUUCAGGAAAUUCACAGCACAACAUGCUGUCAAAUGAUAAAGAGGUGGAAGAACUAACUUCCUCAUCUACACAAGAAGACUUGAUGAUCUCUAGAUGUGUGGAGCAGAAUGCAUUUGACUCAAACUCCCGCAGUUCAAAUGAAUCACCAAGCAAAACCCAAACACAGAGUCAACACACAGAUAGCAUGCCAUGCUAUGUUAACGAUGAGAACAAAGAUGAAACCACUGGGCCUGAGAGCCCCUCCCUUAAGCUACAAGCCCUACAAGCAGAAACGGGACCGGAACCAGAACCAGGAGACCCCCAUACUGAGGAAAACCUCUCUGUUGAACAGCAGCCCUUUACUUCAGAAAAAAUGAGGCUUCAUUUAAGCCUUACACCACCUUUGUCACCAUUCCAGGAGGAGAACACUGUCAGCUCACCACAGUCGGAGUCCAGCCCUAUCUCUUCCACUUCCUCCUAUUCAGUGGAAUUUUCAGAAGAUGACAACUUGUUAAGCCCUUCGGUUCCAAACUCAAGUCCGCUUUUGUCCCGUUUAACAACAAGCGACUGCCCUGUUCCCUCGCCACGUUGCUCCAGCUUCAGCCACAGCCUGCGCUACAACCUCGACCCCGACACUGCUCCCUCUCCACCAUGCUUCCAGUACAUGCGCAUGGAAGCAAGUUACAAAAAAGCUCACUCCAGUGUCCACACAGACAAAGAUGAAGGUUCCAUGUCUAUCCCCAUGCUUAACAGACACAUUCAUACCAUCAGAAAGAGGAUCCGACGCUUUGAGGAACAUUUUGAACAUGAAAAACACUACAAGCCAGCUCACAAUGACAAGACAGCAAAUCCAGAAGUGGCUAAACUGAUGAAGGAGCUUGUCAAGAGUCGCAGGCAACUGAAAGAGAUGAAGCUGAGACAGUCAGGAGUCAGAGUCAGCUCCACAGCUGAGACUUGCAGGAACACUUUGUCCCAGAAGGAGGCAGUACCAGCAGGAACUGCACUACAGCCUCUCAAUAACAACAGCAUCACCAAACCCAGUGUAGAGGAAACAGUCAACAUGAUAACCAAUAGGCUCAAGGAAAGACGCCGGGAGCUGGGCCUGCCUGACAGCAUCAAGGAGAUGUCUCAUUUCCAAAUGAGCAUGGAGAAGACGUGCAUGCAGAAGUGUUUGCUGUUCUUUGAGAGCCUCCACGGUCGACCAGGCUCCAGGCACGAGCGCUCGCUGAUGAACCCUUUCUAUGAUCGCUACCAUCUUCUCAAGCAGCUGCUUUUGUCCGCUUCCUCUGCAACCAUCACAACUAUUGAGGAAGAGGAGGGGUCUGAUGAAGAGCAUUCCAAAUAUCAAAGUUCCUGGCAGCAGCCAAGUUGCUUAAAACCUCCCUGGUCUGUGUCUACAAAUGAGUGUUUGCCUUUCUUAGAAACCUCUGAAACCCCCACAGUGUCUCCGCUGGAGGAGGUGAAGGGUCUGGAGUCACAGAUCAUCACCAUGGCAACACUUCAUGAAGCAUCCAGGGAAGAAUUACUGGAGCAUUUGAAAAUAGUUCAAUCAGAGAAGAAACGCUUUCACCAAGCACUCAGGGAGUUUGAAGACCAAUUCUACAUACAGACUGGCAGGGCUUGUCAGAAGGAGGAUCGUGGACCAAUAGCAGAAGAAUACUGCCAAUACAAGAACCUCAAAGCAAAGCUACGCCUGCUGGAGGCCCUGCUCAGUAAAAAACAAACCUCAACCAAAACAGGCUGAGUUAACUCACAGUGGGACCUUUGAGUAGCAGGGCUUAGUCAUGUCUGAACGAGUUUCCAAAGCCAAUGAUUAUGUUUCAUGCCAUGCUCAUUAUGUGAAUGCACUUAACAUGAAGAAAACUGAUGGACAUUGUCUCUGAGUAAAAACUGGUAACUGGCCAAAAACUGCUUAUCAACUAUGGUAAAACAGAUGCAGAAACUCUGCAUGUCAGUAAGACAUUUUAUGUUAGUUGCAUGUGUGUAACACGGUUACUUUUUGGAGAUUAUGGCACUUCGUUUCUCACCAUUUGUUCCUACCAAACCAUCUGCAUUUGAUGAGGAGACUGCACAGCUUGAAAGUGGAGAGGAAACUUGUUUCUCAGCUAAAAUGCUCUCAGUGUUUGUGCAUGUCAAGCCUUCCUAAACCUUCUUUGUGCUAUGAUAUGCAUUCUGACUUUCAUUCUUGGUCUGAAUUGAAUUUAAAUGUUCACCGUGGAUAACAUGCAGUGAACUUAGUGCAAGUUAUAUCUCUAAAAUUUAUAUAUUUAUAUAUAUAUAUAU